UUCUGUUGACUUACAUAUGACAGGAUGCACCUCUUGCGAUGACUCUCAUAAUAAAAGCUCGAUCUACUGCUUGUGAAAAUCGAAAACAGAGGAGCGUCGACAACAGGAAGAAAGUUCAGUCACCGUCUAUACAUGAACAGCUGAUAUUGGGAUAUUGUACAGAAAGAUAGGACCGAAUUGAGGCCUUUUCAAGUGCGGACAAUUGAUUAACUGCACAGCAGAGUCCCCCACAGUAUGACAAAAUGAGCAGUGAUGACAAAAUAAGCAGUGAUGACAAUCCUAGUCAGUCAAGCGGCCAACUCCGGAUUGUUGACAGAGGAAUAGAUACACGUGUGCAGAUUGGACAGAACAACACUUUCGUCACCCUGAACCUCCCAGAUGGUCUCGCAGAAUCGGAAAUACCAACUGUUGAAACCUUUGACAACAACUCUGGAACAGCACAAGGGCAGGUUCAAAACAUAGAUCCAAGUGUAAGUGUGCACAUGCUGGGACAGAGAGGGAAAUUACAAGUAGGACCAAGUAAUCUAGCUGUUACUGUCAGCAGCAAAAGAAAAGGAGCAGGUAGAGAGAGCCCCACAAGUCAGACACAGACGGGUCUGCCGUUGAAUGUUGAAGCUGUCCAGGAGCAGAGUGCAUCAGAUAAAUCUGGGGAUGAUUUGUAUGGAGCAAUACACCUGGCACCAGAAGGAUCUUAUGAGACCUACAAUAGCCUGGAUCUGAGAGCACAAACCCACAGGAAACAGACUGCCAGAACUGGCGAUGAAGCCGAGGGAGAUAUUUGGGGAACAACAGGCAGUGUAGCUCAACACACAAGUUUUCCUGUACCCAAAGACGAGAAACAGCUUUCUGGGAAUCCCUCACGGUUUAAGAUGUCAGAUUCUCACUAUAUACCAAAGAGGCAAGAUGAUGAUAAAUCUGGACAUUUUGUGACUCAAGCAAUGUCUUCUGAGAUGAAAACUGUCCCAACUAUGUAUGCUGAGAGGGCAACACAAACAGAAGGUUAUGUUGCUGGUGAUGAAAGCGGAAUCCACUUCCAAGAAGUUCGCGGAAACUAUGUGCAGUGUGGCUCAAACAACAAUAUUGUCAAUAUAGAAGUAAAUAAGAACUUUUUUCCCACUGCAAAGGGUGGUGUACUUACAGUGAGUGAUUCCACUAAACCACUGGUUAGCUUCACAUGGAAAGGAAACGAUGGAAAGGUGAAUGAGGAAGUUAACAGUGUGAAGUCCUUGUGGACACUACAGUUGGAGGAACUGUUCCAGAGCAUGUAUGGGGAAGUACUGUCCCACAUGUCAUACAGCCUCUUUUCUCCUCUGAGGAAAAUAAUUGUGGACAUUUUCAAGAAGUAUGAUGCCAGACUUACUUCAGUUUGCAGUGGGUCUCUGCUGUUUGUGUUCCAACAUGCUGAUGAGGAGUCUGCACAGAGAAUGGUUGCAGACAAGGAGGUUGUGCGAGAGAUGUUCCACCAGCUGCUGUUGGGGAUGGGAAAGGGGGAAAUAGAGUUCACGCUGGAGGCAGCUGUAAAUACAGGUGACUGUAUGGAGGUUGAAACAGGUGGAAAUGUAGGUGGUGAUGAAGAUGUUGAUACUGAUCCUCUGGCAAGUUUCCCUCUCGACUUUGAACCUCUGAUGCGGACACUGAAGUCAAGCAUCCAACAAAAAUCGGAUGAGGAUGCUUCCAAGAGAACCAAAGAGCUGAAGGAGAUGCAAGAACGUCUGCAGUCAAUGGAGACCAUUUUUGAAAGGAUGCAACAUAGUAUGAAUGAACACAUGGACAGUACUCGUAGUGACAUGGACAGAGGCAGGAAGGAGAUCAGUGAGUUCACACAAACUGUGCUGGAGACUGUGCUGAAGAAGAAGGAGCAAGAUCAGCCCUCAACAGGAGAACAAACCCCAGCCAUCUCACCUGGUGUCUCACGGGUUCUGGCACCACUGAUGGACCCUAAAAAUCUUACUUCAGCUGAAAUUUAUACCCAAAUGGAGCCAAUGGUUUUACAGGCACUAAGAUGUGAUCCUUCAUGCACAACUAAGCAAACGGAUAAGCCAUUACCUGCAACUGAACGCAAUGAAUCCCCACAAAUGGCAUCCACAAGAACAACAUCCCCAGAAAUUGAUGAGGAAGUACCAAAGCCCCAAGGUGAACAGGAACAUGUUUUAAGACAUGGUCCAACUGGAGAUUCGUCUGGCAGCGAUGCACACUUCAUUCCUUCAAAGACUGAACAUCUGAGUCCUGAACAUCAAAUAGAAUCUGUCAAGGAGGGCAAAGACACUCCUUCAAAACAAGUGUAUGAAGAUGCUGAGAAGCUGCUGACUUCCCUGAAUGUAGGACUGAGCUCAAGUCCAGAAGUCCGGCGCCUCACUGACGCUGUAGUUGCAGCCCUGGUGGAUGAUGUUCCACCACCACCAAGAGCAAAGAGCAUGGACACUGUGUUAUGCCUGGAUGUGUCAGACAGCAUUGGGCUGCAAGGCCUAGAGGAAGUCAAGGAGAUUGCCAACAACUUUGUAGAUGGAAUUGAGGACAUAGCUGAGCAGCACGGACUUGAGGAGAAUGUGGGCGUGGUGUCACUGGGAGGAGGAGCCAAGGUUGUCCAGCAGCUCACCAACGACUACGGAGCAGUCCGAGAUGCUAUAGAUGAGUUAGUAUGUCACGGAAGAAGUCCAAUGUUUGAAGCCCUCAUGGUAUGUGUGGCAGCCAUAAAAGGACGGGGAGGUGUGCUGAGUGUUGGAGGUGCCCACAAGAUACGCCCGAGGAUAAUCUUCAUCACAGAUGGCCGGGCUACUAAUGAGAGUACUGAGACUGGACCUGACACUGCCUUAACAGAUCAUAACACUAAAAUCCGGUUGAUUCAAUUAGUGAGUGAGAUGUCUCCCAAGAAACACAGUACAACUCCACAUCCUGUUGUAUGGGUCCCUGUUGGAGAUGCUGACAAUGGUUUCCUUUCAUCACUUUCAAAACUUGGCUCCGGGAAUAUCAUCGAAAGCAAGAACAUCAAAAAUCUGUGUACCUACUACAGGGUAGAGGAAAACAUAGGGCGAAUCUUCAUGUGUGUCAUGAACAACUCUGGAGACUGGAGUAACCUGGAUGAAGCAAUCGAGGCCGUUGCAGAGGCCUUCAUUGGAGACAUGAAUCCAGAGGAAAAGAAUCACAUCAUCCAGAAGGUGAAGGAGAAGCUGGAGUCCAAGGAGGAAAGUAGUGUUGAUGAUGACCCUCAAGGAUAUGACAACAUUAAGGAGCUCAAGCACCUGCCUCCCCUUGGGUCAAGGGUUAUCAGAGGUCCUGACUGGAAGUACCAGAACCAGGAUUUAAAUGGACCAGGAACAAUUAUCAACCAUGCUGAUGAUGACAAGCUUAUCUGGGUUCUCUGGGACUUGAACAGCACUGUGUGUCGCUACAGAUUUGGCUGUCAACACAAGUAUGACAUAUGUGUGGAGGUUGACAAACCAAGAACACUCAAGGAGGAUGAACUGAUUGAGAUUGGAUGUCGGGUUAAAAGAGGUGCUGACUGGCCGUAUCAGGAUGAGGAUGGUGGACCAGGUAACACUGGUAUGGUCAUCAGGAAAAGGAAGGACAACAGUGUGAAGGUGAGAUGGGAAAACGGCAAAAUUCAGCCCUGCAGGUAUAUCACUCAAGAGGGAAAGUUUGAACUGGAGAUAUGUUCCUCUGAAGCCCCAUCAGAUACCGGCAGUCAGAAUGUGUUGUCAGCAAGCGCUAUUCCUCUGAAGGAUGAUCACAAAGAACCUGCACCUGUUAUGCCAACUCCUGAAAAACCUCACACGCUGUGGCAGUGGCUUGAUGACCCUGGUCAGUGGAGGCUGUAUGACAGGGAGAAUAAUGACAAACUCACCAGGGAGUUCAUUCGAAAACCCAAAGGAUCUUGUAUAUUACAGAAGCAUGGGAGAAGUUUCCGUGUCUUGUUCAGCUUGAUGCAGGAGAAGUGUGUUGAUGAAGGCAUCAGACAUGAUGUCCGACGACUAGUUGUCGAUGAUGAAGAGAAAGAUGAAUACAUAGCUAAAGACAUUUCAUUGAAUUAUGGACACUCAUGGACAUGAGGACGAUGUUCGUAUUGCUUGAUGGAAAAGUGCUGUCCUUGCUGUGUCUUCCAAGGUGGAGUGUGUCCUCCCAAGUGUAUAAUUCACUCCAUGUAACAGUCAUAGGUGUCAGCAUCAUAGUUUCAGUUUCAGAUUUGUUUGUUUCUAAUUGUUUGUAUUACUCAGUAUGUAAAUUACCUAUUACCAAUGAGAAUUAGUGACCACAUGAGAUUGUGUUUAUGAGUAACACUUAAUUAGCGGCUUCAACUUUUUUCAUUUUAACAUUAUUGUUUCUGCAGAGGCACAUGAUGUAGAAUAUCAUCAUAGAUUUAGUGUUAUGAAAAUGCUUUUAGUCCAAAGGUAUUUUUGUGCCAUGUCCAGUAUGGUUUUGUAUAGUUUGAUCCCCAUGCUAAACAUACAUACAAACUCAUACAUCUGGGAAGGUUAUACAGAACAAGGAUGCAAUAUGAGGAAAGCUUGCUAGGAUUGUUGGAAAAUGUAAUAUUAUUUUUGAAAAGAGACUCAUGACAAUGAUAAUCUUCACUACAUCUGCAAUGGAUAUCCUGAGGAAGUGUCACUGGAAACACACUUUCCUCAGUAUCAUUGUUAUCAGGUCUUCUUUGACAGCUCAUUUAUAUUCAUGUCAUGAUUUAGACAUGGAAGAGAUCUAGCAGGGUAAUUAUGCAUAACUGAAACUUGUAUCAAUCUAUGCAUGUACAAAGUUUUUGUGAUGUAUCGCUUAGGUUCGGAAUAAAUAUUAUGGAGGCAGUGUACUGUCCCAAUGAGGUUCCUGGUGAAACCCUUUCUAACUGGCGUGCUGAUGUGGUUGUGGGGAACUGGCUCAGCAAAGAGUCCGAAGUCACAAGAAGCUAAUUACAAUUAUAUUUACAAGAA